UGAAUAAAUAAUAAUAAGGAUAGUUUUGUUUAAAUUUUUUUGGUAGUUGCAAGCUUAGGAACGAAACACGAAUGCACACUAACGCUGUGUCUUUUUGACAGCUAUGAAGACCUUCUGCACAGAAUGCAUGGUGAUGAUUCUCUUAACUUCCUCACGCAUCGGGGAAUCAGAAGCAGCAUUUAACGUUAUCGUCCCAAAAAGCCCAGUAAUCAGCACAGUAGGUGAAGACAGCGUCCUCCCAUGUCAAGUUUCGACCGAAAUCAAAACUGAAGACUUGGAAGUGAGGUGGUACAGAGAGAGAUUCAAUGACCCAAUUUAUGAAUACAAGGAUGGCAAAGAGGUGACCGAAAAACAGAACAAAGAGUACCAGGGCCGCACCAGUCUUCUGGACCAGCAGCUGGGGGACGGCGUUUUGUCUAUAGUGCUGAGGAAGGUCAGAGUUUCUGAUGAAGGCAAAUACACGUGCUAUGCAGGGACUUCAAAGUGGUACGAGGAACCAAAAAUGGAACUACAAGUUCAAGGUGAGUUAAAGAUGAUUUUUAGCACAGGGUUACCAUAUGACUCCAUGACUCCAUGCACACUGGCACUGGUCAGGCUUCUCAGCUCACACCCCAAUGCAUUCUGUGAUCCUGUGAUCCAUAUAGAAAAACAUCUUAAACGCAUCAUCAUGCUGAGCUGCAUAUCAUUUGGCUGGUACCCUCAACCCGAGAUGUAUUGGACCGAUGGAGCAGGUAGAAAUGUAACAGCGCUGACUCAACCCAGCAUUCAAAGAGACGGGAAUGGUCUGUACAACAUCAGCAGUCAACUCAGUGUCAAACAGAACGACAAUGUUGUGGUCAGUUGUCUCGUCAUCCAGAAACAACAGCGAAGAGAAAUGAAGUCCAGACUGCAGAUUAGUGAGCAGUUUUUUGAAAUCACUCAUCCUGAACGGCUUUAUAUCUCCGCGUUUGUCAUCUCUGCUUCAAUAGUCCUCGUGUGCAUCAUGGCCGCCUGUCUGUAUGUCUUCAAAAGGAAACGAGAGUGGGACAAAACCUGUGUGGAAUUCGGAAACUUACAAAAGGCUGAAAAGGACACAAGUAUCAAAUGUGAAAGACUUGAACAGGAAUUAAAUGCUGUAAAAACUAUCCCAAAUUCAGUUUGGAAAUGGAUCCAGGAAGCAGCAGUGAAUGUGAUUCUGGAUGCAGACACAGCCAAUAAACGUCUCAUCCUGUCCGUCGACGGAACCAGUAUGGCACUGGGAGAGGAGGACCGGGACCCCCCUGACACUGGAAGAAGGUUUGAACGUCCGCUCUGUGUCCUGUCCAGGGAGGGGUUCACCUCAAAACACUACUGGGAGGUAGAGGUGGGAAAGAAGACAGGCUGGAUUGUAGGAGCUGCUACAGAGUCUGCCAAAAGGAACGGACAAGUGAUUUUGUUUCCAGAACAGGGAUUCUGGGUACUAAGACUUGAAAAUGAAAAGUUUUAUGCCAACGAUGUUAUUGAGUCCCCCACCAUUCUCCCUCUGAGUCUGAAGCCCCAGAUUCUGGGGGUGUAUCUGGAUUAUGAGGAAAGGCAGCUCUCCUUUUACAAUGUGGAGACCAGAUCUCACAUCUACACUUUCACUGACAUGGAGUUAAACACCAAGGAGAAGGUCUAUCCAUUGGCUGGAACCACACCAAGUUGCAAAGAAGGGCUAGAUAUACACCAUUUUACACAUUUAAAAACAAAAAAGUCAACGUCCCCCAUGAGUCAAGCAGAUGAUGCAUCAGCAAGGGCAGCUCUAACAGGAGAGGAAGACACCAAGGAUCGAUACAGCAAAGAGGACCACCCUCUGCUACCUGACAAGAAAAGAUUACCAGGGCAAGACAGCAAAAAGAUGUUUGGGUUUUGGCCUGGGUUAUGGUUAGAAAAAAAAGAGAAAAAGAAGAAAGAAGGGAAUGAGAAAAGAGAGGAGGAAACAGAAAAGGCAAAAAAAGAGAAUGAGGAGAAAGAAGUGAAUGAAAAAAGAGAGGAGGAAAUAGAAAAGGGGAAAGAAGAGAAUAAGGAGAAAGAAAAGGGGAAAGAAGAGAAUAAGGAGAAAGAAAAUGUACCUGACGAGGAGAAAGACUUACCAGAGGAAGAAAGUGAAAAAAGGGGUGACAUUGAAAAAGAAAAAAAGAAAGCAAAAAGGAAAAGAGGAGAGAAAAAGAAAGAUAAGCACAAAAAAAAUUAAACAAGCCCCUAACUAGAAUGAAAAUUAAAUUUUUUAAUGGUCCAAACGAUGGCUGGUCGCCACAAAGGACGUGGGGACUAGAAGAUGGAACACUCUUUAUCGUGUGCUCAGAAGACCUCGUAACAAUGAACAAUAUUUAUAUUUUGAAAACUCCUCAGAAUUUUUAAGAACAAUUACCAUUGUGUUAACGAAGCUGGCCAGUCGCCAUCAAUACGGAUGGUCUUAUUUCUUUUAAUUGAGUUUCCUUUUUCUAACUGUGGUAUAUUAUUCUAAUGCUAUGUAUAAUAUAGAUUAGAUUGAUUAGAAGUUCAUAGUAAUCAGUCAUCUUGAAUGCAGAGUAGCGGUUAGGGCUCUUAACUGGAGGGUCGUGGGUGCAGUCCCAGGUGAGGGACACUGCUGCUGUACCCUUGAGCAAGGUACUUUAUUUAGAUUGCUCCAGUAAAAGUUCGACUGUAUAAAUGGGUAAUUGUACGUAAAAAUAAUGUGUAAAAAAAUAAUGUAAUUGUAUGCAAAAAUAAUGUGAUAUAUUGUAACAAUUGUAAGUCGCCCUGGAUAAGGGUGUCUGCUAAGAAAUAAAUAAUAAUAAUUCUAGUGAUCUACUGACUGGGGAGUGUCAUGUUGGUGUAUAAUA